AUGUCCAAUUACUAUCCUCAUCAGCAUCAACAGCACCAGCAGCAGUUGAAUGGCACGCCAACAUUGCCGCAUCAACAGCAGUCUCUAUUACAUCAACCUCCCAUUGUCUAUGGCAAUUACAACAUGCCAUCAUUAUCGUCCCAAUACAACAUGUAUCCCUACUACCAUUACCAAGCCAAUAUGGACCUGACAAACUCAAGCCCCAUUUCAAUAGCUUCUUCUGAUGAGUCUCCUCGUACACCUCCCACCGCCAUCAACCAUAGCAACAGCAAUAAGCAUUUGACACAUGUUCCACAAGGCACAGCCUCUUUGAUGGUCAAUCCUCUCGUGCCUCCUCCACCGCCACCACCAUUGCCAUCCUCGCCACUUGCUCACAACCAAUUGAAAUCAACAGAAGAUCGUGUCAAGGCAACCAUUGCUCGAGCCAAUGCACUUCCAUUGGAAUUUUACCAGACUGAAUUUCUCGAGUAUUCAACUACACCAUCUUCUGCUGGUAAAAAAAGAAAGCGCACUGUAACAGCAGAUAAUGAACAAGAAACAGAUGAAAAAUACACACAAGAUCAAGACACUCGUUUAUCCAACGAUGAAAUUCGACGCCAAAUCCACAUUCAAUCUGAACAAAAGAGACGUGCUCGGAUCAAGGACGGAUUUGAAGAGCUAAAGCAGCAUUUGCCUGGCUGUAGCCACAAGAAACUAAGUAAAGCAGCACUCUUGACACGCACAGUUCAGCAGCUGGAGCAUAUGAAAAAGAUGCAAAAUGAACUUUUGGCUGAAGUAGAGCGACUUGCCAAGGAGAACUCGAGCUUGAAAAAGUUUGCUGCUGUUGGCACUUACAUGUAA